AUGAGUACAGCUGCCAUCUCAGGGUUACCUCUGUCAUCUCGUUCCCCGGGAACCAUACAGGGCCUGCAUAAUGUAAGAUUAACAAAUGUAAGUACCCUCUGGCCUCGAGCUAAUAUGUUCAAAGGCCUGCAGCAUGGGAAAAAGCUCUUAAGGAAGAAGAUUUAUGCAUCUGUAGUCAUCCAAAUGUUGCUCGAAAACCCGAAAACUGCUCAAAUCCGAUUCCAGAUAUCCAGUGGAAGAACAGAUAAAAUGACGGGUCUUUCAUUGAAAGCUUGCGUGAAGUUGGAAGAAAGGAGUACUUCAGAUGACAGUGGCACUGGAGGUGAAUGGGGAAAGGUGUCAGCUGUACUGUUUGAUAUGGAUGGAGUGCUUUGUAAUAGUGAAGAGCUAUCAAGAAGGGCCGCUGUUGAUGUUUUUGCGGAAUUGGGUGUCCAAACUACCCCUGAAGAUUUUAUACCCUUCGCCGGCACAGGUGAAGCAAACUUUUUGGGAGGUGUGGCUUCUGUUAAGGGUGUCAAGGGAUUUGAUCCUGAGGCUGGCAAAAAGAGGUUCUUUGAGAUAUAUUUAGAUAAGUAUGCGAAACCAAGCUCUGGGAUAGGAUUCCCUGGAGCUUAUGAACUCAUUCAGCAGUGCAAAAGCAAAGGCCUCAAAGUUGCUGUGGCAUCUAGUGCGGAUCGCAUUAAAGUUGAUGCAAAUCUAGCGGCUGCUGGUUUACCCUUGUCACUGUUUGAUGCAAUUGUAUCUGCCGAUGCUUUCGAAAACUUGAAACCUGCUCCUGAUAUAUUUUUAGCCGCAUCAAGCAUAUUGAAUGUUCCAACCAGUGAGUGCCUUGUAAUUGAAGAUGCAUUAGCUGGUGUGCAAGCCGCAAAGGCAGCUCAAAUGAGGUGUAUAGCAGUAACCACAACCUUAUCAGAAGAUUCCCUGAAACCAGCUGGUCCAGCCCUUAUCAGAAAGGACAUCAGCAACAUUUCUCUUGAUGACAUACUUAGUGGUGGCUCGGGCUCUGAUAAUGCAAAGGUGAAGGGGCUUUCUCAAUCUGUUUCCCGUUCUGCACAAUCCUCAUCCAACAAAAUUGAGAUUAGUUCAUUCCAGGAUGAAGGUUCAACAGAACAGGCUGGUUCAAUUUUAGGUUUGCAGGGCUCUCGGCGUGACCUUUUAAGAUAUGGAAGUCUGGGUGUUGCUCUUGCUUGUCUUGCCUUUUCCGUUAACAACUGGAAGGCAAUGCAGUAUGCAUCCCCUAAAGCUAUCUGGAAUCAAUUGUUUGGAGUUAGUAGCCCUCCAUUUCAAUUGAGCAAAGAUAAAUCCCAUUCAGGAAGAAUACAACAAUUUCUGGAAUACAUAUCAGAUCUAGAGACCAGAGGAACAGCAGCAGAUGUGCCAGAAUUUCCUUCUAAGCUGGAUUGGCUGAACUCAGCUCCUCUUCAGUUCCACAGGGAUCUAAAAGGAAAGGUGGUUCUUCUGGAUUUCUGGACAUAUUGUUGUAUAAAUUGCAUGCAUGUGCUGCCCGAUUUGGAAUAUUUGGAGAAGAAAUACAAAGAUACGCCUUUUGUGGUUGUAGGGGUGCAUUCUGCUAAGUUUGACAAUGAGAAAGAUUUAGAGGCAAUUCGAAGUGCAGUUUUGCGUUAUAAAAUCACUCAUCCAGUAGUCAAUGAUGGUGAUAUGAAUUUGUGGCGGGAAUUGGGUGUUAAUUCAUGGCCCACCUUUGUACUUAUUGGUCCAAAUGGAAAGGUUCUUGCACAAUUGGCUGGUGAAGGUCGUCGGAAGGAUCUUGAUGAUCUCGUGGAGGCAGCUCUCCUAUAUUAUGGUCAAAAGAACAUCCUUGAUAGCUCACCCAUUCCUUUGAAGCUGGAGAAAGAUAACGAUCCUCGCUUGUUGACAUCACCUUUGAAGUUUCCUGGAAAGCUUGAAGUUGAUGUCCUGAACAACCGUCUUUUCAUUUCAGACAGCAAUCAUAACCGAAUAGUAGUGACUGAUUUAGAUGGGAACUUCAUAGUUCAAGUUGGAAGCUCAGGAGAAGAGGGACUGCAGGAUGGUAACUUUGAUGAUGCUACCUUCAAUCGUCCACAGGGUCUCGCUUACAAUGCAAAGAAGAACCUCCUCUAUGUGGCAGAUACUGAGAAUCAUGCUCUAAGGGUGAUUGAUUUUGUAAAUGAAACUGUUCAAACUCUAGCUGGAAAUGGCACCAAGGGGUCUGACUAUCAAGGUGGAAAAACUGGAUACGAUCAGCUUCUUAAUUCUCCCUGGGAUGUCUGCUUCAAUCCCAUGAAUGAGGUUGUCUACAUUGCAAUGGCUGGCCAACAUCAGAUUUGGGAGCAUAACACUUCAAAUGGAAUUACUAAAGCAUUUAGUGGCGACGGAUAUGAGAGAAAUUUGAACGGUUCGAGCUCUUUGACCACCUCAUUUGCACAGCCUUCUGGAAUUUCACUAUCUCCUGAUUUGAAGGAAGCUUAUGUAGCCGAUAGUGAGAGCAGCUCUAUUCGAGCACUUGACCUAAAAACAGGAGGAUCAAAACUACUGGCGGGGGGUGAUCCAGUUUUUGCAGAUAACUUGUUUAGGUUUGGAGACAAUGAUGGAGUAGGUUCUGAAGUACUUCUUCAGCAUCCACUAGGUGUUUCUUGUGGAAAAGAUGGCCAGAUGUAUGUUGCUGAUUCUUAUAAUCAUAAGAUCAAGAAGCUGGAUCCUGCAACAGGAAGAGUCCUCACCUUAGCAGGAAAUGGGCAAGCGGGUUUCAGGGAUGGAGCAGCCCUGGCAGCUCAGCUUUCGGAGCCCUCGGGUAUUGUGGAUGUCGGAGAUGGAAGGCUAUUCAUAGCAGAUACGAAUAAUAGUUUAAUCAGGUACUUAGACCUGAAAGGGCAACAAGCUGAGCUUCAUACUUUAGAAUUGAAAGGUGUUCAGCCUCCUACGGCGAAAUCCAGGUCCUUAAAACGCCUUAGAAGGCGAUCUGGAGCUGAUACGGAAACCAUAGUAGUAAAUGGUGGUUCAUCCAACGAGGGUAAUCUAAUUCUCCAGAUAUCAGUACCUGAAGGAUACCAUUUCUCAAAGGAGGCCGUGAGUAAAUACUCUGUUGAUACUGAACCGGAGGAUACUGCUUCUAUUGAUCCUUUAGAGGGCAAUCUCAGCCCAGAAGGAUCUGCUGUGAUACAUUUCAAGAGAGCCUCUCCUUCAUCUUUUCGUGGGAGAAUAAAUUGCAAGGUCUAUUAUUGUAAGGAAGAUGAAGUCUGCUUAUACCAGUCCUUGAACUUUGAAGUUCAAUUCCAAGAUUCAAAUCCCGAAACUGCCCAAGCAGAUAUUACCCUUCCUUACCUUGUGAAGCCAAAGACAAUCAAAAAUAGCUUGCAGGUAUCAGUUGACCUUUGA